AUGGCACAUGUGUUGCUUGAUAUUGUGAAGUUGGGAAUCGAGUAUGGGAAUAGGGAUAAGGAUUUGGCCGAGAUGAAGGGGGAGAAGGAGAAGGAACAUAGGGAGUGGAUGGAGAGGUGGAAGAAGAGUUUGAUUGUUAAUUUGGCAUAUGCGCCUUUGACUAUGCAUUGGAGUACAGAGGGGGGUCUGGUGACGGAAUUUUGGGUUGGAUUGUUGGGAACUGUGGCUGGAGGAACGAGUUUGAGAUAUUUGUGGAAAAAUACUCAGUAG